UUGUAUAACAAUAAUCUUGCUGAAUAUGCUAGAAAAGAUUUAACUGAAAAGGCUUGGAGUGAGGUGGCGAAAGAAAUACAAUGGACGGUUAACGAUUGUAAGGAAAAAUGGAAAAAUAUUAGAAAUGGUUUUGUUAGAAGUUUAAAACCGAAGGCUAGUGGAUUGGCAACUACAAAAAAAAACUAUUUACAUGAUGAGAUGCAGUUUAUAUUACCAUACGUCAAACCAGUAAUUCACAUGAAUGAAAGAGGAAAUUUACCAAAUCCUGAACAAUCAACUCUAAAUCAGGAGACCCCUGCGUGCCCCGAAGAACAGGCAUAUGUUGGUCCUAACAGGAAUAUUACAGAAGACACUGAAUCGGAAAAUUAUUCCCAUGUUGAGAGGUCGUCAUUACAAAAACCAAAGAAAAAAAAGGAUUAA